AUCACUACCGCUGUUACUCGAGAAGCCAGACUAGUGAUUAUAAUAUGUAUAUAUUUAAUCAACUACUCUAGGCUAUAAUUGUUGUACCAAAUAAUAAUUGUGGGCGGCCGUUAUUUGCUACGUUCAUCAUUGAAUUCGGGCCUCUGUUUCGGUUUAUCAGUACGUCAUAAUAUCGUGUCACUUUUAAUUCGCACGUUAACGCACUUAUACAAUGUUGAGAAUUCAUAAACGUAAACAAAUGGUGUGGACAAAACCGGUCGUCAUUUCAAAACCAUUCACUAACCUACCAUUAAUCAGUGUUAUUGCUAGACGUGUUAAUUUACACUUUGUACUACCUAUUGCAGUAUUAUAGCGUGCGCGUUUUCGUAUUGGCGGUAGGUACAUUCAGAGUUUCAUUUGUCUUAGUGUCGAUCACUGUCUUUGUAAAAAUACGUAUAAAAUAUGAUAUCCAGUAAAUGCAAUAGGUAUUGAUAGUUUAAUAAUUUGUGUAUAACUUAGGUAUUAAAAAAAAAUUUUAAUUUAAAAUAAAUUUUUUUUUAUUUGUAUAAUAUUAUUAUUUUGUCGACGAACGCUGAAGGAUAAAAAUCCUGUACAAGUUCUUGUAACGUUAUAUUUUUUAUCAUUUUUAUAAUACCACCGCGGCAAGUCACGUUUUUUAAAAUUUUUUGAUUGCACUUUUCACUGCACGACGAUGCCUCUGAAAUCCACACUCGCGAGGGAGGAGGAACUCGCUUUUCCGGUGGUGAUACCAAACCUGGCUAGGUGUCAUUUGUCCGAUUGCGAACUGAUGUGUUUUUUUAAUACAGAAAAACACAGAAGUAACGCGAGGGAAAACUCUCACAGAAUUUUCGUCAACAGGAGUCUGCACCUGGAGAACAUCAAAUUCUAUGGAUUCGACAUGGACUAUACGUUGGCCGAGUACAAGUCACCGGCCUACGAGAGACUGGGAUUCGCACUGGCCGUCGAAAGGCUCGUAUCGCUUGGAUAUCCUACUCAAAUAUUGCAGUUUGAGUACGAUCCUAUGUUCCCGGUGAGGGGCUUGUGGUUCGAUUCAUUGUACGGCACUCUGCUCAAAGUGGAUUCCUAUGGUAACAUACUUGUCUGUGUACAAGGUUUCGAGUUUUUAAAACAUUCUCAGGUGUACGAGUUGUAUCCCAACAAAUUCCUGCUCCUUGACGAGUCCCGCGUCUACGUGCUCAAUACGCUGUUCAAUUUGCCAGAAACGUAUUUGCUGGCCUGUCUGAUAAAUUAUUUUACCACUUCGCCAAAUUACUCAAGGGAAAAAACCGGAGUACGCAGUGGCGAUUUACUAAUGUCGUUCAACUCUAUAUUCCAAGACGUGAGAAACGCCGUAGACUGGAUGCACAUACAUGGUGAUUUGAAAGAGAGAACUAUCCAAAACUUAUCCGAUUACGUCAACAAAGACGCGAGGCUGCCCAUGUUCUUGGCCAGGAUUCGGCAAAGUGGCGCCAAGGUGUUUCUAUUAACCAAUAGUGAUUACUGGUUUACCAACAUGAUUAUGACGUAUUUGUUCGAUUACCCGCACGGUGCUUCGCCUAGUGAGCCACAUAGAGACUGGCAGUCCUAUUUUGAUAUAGUGGUGGUAGAUGCCAGGAAACCGUUGUUUUUCAGCGAAGGCACAAUCCUGCGACAAGUGGACACCAAAACCGGAGCUCUUAAAAUGGGCACGCACAUUGGGCCUCUGCUAAAAGGCCAAGUUUAUUCGGGAGGCUCUUGCGACAUUUUCACCAAGCUCAUCGGCGCUAAGGGAAAAGACGUCUUGUACGUGGGAGAUCAUAUAUUUGGUGACAUUCUCAAGUCAAAAAAGAUACGUGGUUGGAGAACAUUUUUAGUCGUCCCCGAGUUGGUCCAAGAGCUGCAUGUGUGGACAGACAAAUGUCAGCUGUUUGCAGAACUACAAAAUUUCGAUAUAGCUCUUGGAAACAUGUACAAGAAUUUAGAUAGCAGUACCAACGAAAAACCAGACAUUUCAAAACUGAGAAUGGCGAUGCGUGACGUUACCCACAAAAUGGAUUUAUCAUACGGAAUGAUGGGUAGUCUCUUUCGGUCGGGGUCCAGGCAAACCUUCUUCUCGUCUCAGGUCACGCGGUAUGCAGACUUGUAUGCAGCGACGUUUUUAAAUCUAAUCUACUAUCCAUUUUCCUAUAUGUUCCGAGCACCGGCUAUGCUGAUGCCUCACGAGUCCACUGUGGCACACGAACACGAACAGAGACUGAGCAAAGAAGACAACGCGGCGACCGCGGCGGCAGCAGCGGCGGCAGCGACGUUGAAGUCUGUUAGCGAAACGGUUCUAAACGCCAAUAAAAACGUCGCUGCGACUACGACUGUAGACGAGAUUCGUGUUUUCCCGAUCACAGACUCAGAUGCUGCAGGGCACAACCACGUUCAGCACCCAAGUGCCGUCGUCAGUGACGCACACACACGACGAAGACUGUUCGGACGAAGAGGAAGAGCUCGUGACCAAAAAAUAACCGACCAAGACGACGACAACAAUAACUAUUAUAUUAUCUUAUAAACUAUAUUAUUAUUUUAUUUGUACAUUUUUUUCUCCCCAACCGCGUUUCCACCAACACACCAUAAUACUUAUAUUAUUUACAAUCUAUAUUUCUUUAUGUACGCCAUUUUGUUGAUACUGUAUCGUUAAUAUUAUUAUUAUUAUUUUUACGAUCACGCGCGCACAUUUUUCACGUAUAGUACCUAAUAACAAUUUGAUCGAUAUGAUUAUAGGUACCUACGCAUAAUUAUGAUGGUAUUAACGUUGUCGUGCUGACUGUGAAAACGGUUUUCCUCGAGCUUCUGCUGUUGUCCAAACAUCCAAUUACCUACAUUUUACCACACAGGUAACUCUGCCAAUCCGUUACCGCGAUGGCUCUUAUCGCACAAGUGCACAAGAUUUACCCAUAUUAUUAUGUCAGGUGAACAAUUUACUGAGUGCCGUCGGAAAACCGUUUUCUGCAGGGCAGGACCGCCGUUGUCUAUUAAUCAUUAUCUAUUCACCUAUAAUGUUGAUGCGUAAAAUCGGACAAGUCCGGUAUAGCUGACCGGUUCGUAUCGCUACAGAUUUUUUGGAAUUUAUCGAGUACCGCCCACUUAGUUUAUUUUGUUAAGUAACCGAUGGAUUCAAGUGGAAAGCGUUAUUUAUUAAAAAUAAAUCCAAUCAACAUUGUUACCACUUUUUUAACGACCUCUGAGAUUAUUAGUAAUUAGUAUUAUAUAUGAUACUAUGUUGUAUAGGUUUAAUCGUCUACCUACCCAUUAUACAGGUCAAGUCUGCGGUAUAGGACGACGUAGGUUGUAUUUUAUUAUUAUAUAAACGAAAGAUAAAUAUUAUAUUAUUAUUAUGUGAUUAUUAUAUUAUAAGCGGCGACUCGGCGAAUAAUGUAUCGUAUCCUGUCCAAGUCGAUUUUUGAACAUAAAUAUAUUGUUCAACUUAUUCACCGAUCAUCAAAGAACGCUCUCCAAUUUCCUGGCCGUAUUUGAAAGGGGAGUUUUUUCUACAAACUAGGUAGUUAUAGAACACACAUUUAUAGGGGAACAUCAGAAAUUUGCAACCCUCUUGUGCAGUAAAACUUGUAUUUUUAUUAAUUUUACUGCAGUAGCACCAACUGCUUUAAAUAUUCAUUUUUCAACUAUAUUUUCGGAAAUGCCAUUUUGUCAGUUUUUUUUAACUUGCCCAUUGACUAUGGUUCUAAUAUUAACAUUCAACCAUUUAUUUAAAAAAACAUUUACAACUUAAAACUUUGAAUUAAUUUUGUUUUUUUUUAUUUAACGCCUUUUUUAAUUAAUCUAUAAAAUUAGUUUUUUUAGUUUUAACUAUGAAUUUGUACUAAUUAAUUAUUCAUUUAUAAGUUUUUUUUUUUUUUUUUUUUUCAUUACUUAAAAGUACCAUACUUGUUAUUAACUUUUUUAUUAAAAUAUUAAUCCUUUGUCUACAUAAACACAACAAAAUUAAAAAAAAACAGCAAUUAUGUUUAGACCAUGCAGACGGGACACAAUUAUAUUAUUAGGCACGACAAAAUAUAUUGAAUAAUAAUAUUAACAUAAUUAAAAUAUUAAAUAAUACACAUAUAGAUGUUGUGAAUAUUUGUUCGAUGUUCAAUUUUUAAAUAAAUCAAAAAAAAAAAUAUAUUAUUAUUUCGGUAAAUUUUGAUAUUAGAGCCUGCACAUAGUCGUCGGGUCGAAAUUAACUGUAAAUAAAAUAGUUAUUAAUUAAUAAUCAUCAUUAGCUCAAAAACGGUAUUGAAAAUUGAAGUUGCAAUUUAAAAACAUGACUCCUUCCCCAAUGUUUAAGUCGCUGCUUGUCAACAUGUAUGUAAACGUGGGCGGGUAUUCAUAUGAAAUGUUCCAAUGAAAUAUCAUGCUGUGUAUAGGUAUUGAGAUUAUUGAAAAAGUUGCAGUUCAAUUCCAAAGCGUAUUUCGGCCGAUUAACACAGAGAAACGGUCGGAGUCGCUCAAUGUUUUUUUGCCGAGCGCCGCCGUUUCAACAAAUUGUUCUCCUUAGUUUUCCGACAAUAUUAUUAUUAUUAAUAUUUUAUUAUAUA